GAGCAGAGCAAUCAGUAGAAAACAUGCUAAAAUAUAUAUGCUGAACGGUCAGGUCGUUUUGAGAGAUAAUACAUCUUCUGGAGGCACUUAUUUGAACGAUAAAAAGAUUAGCACUAGCAGGUCAAAAUCUGCCCCAUAUGCUUUAAGAAACGGUGAUGUUGUUCAGCUAGCAAAAGAUCAUAUAGGCAGGUCAGGAGAAAAGCACCGAUGUGUUAUUAUCAAAGUUGAAAUCUAUUCUUAAU